UUAAGUUUGUAGAUUUCGUGGAGAUACUAAGUAUUUGGAUCUUGUAAAAUUGACGGUUUACGCGCACUGCACCGGAUCAAGCGCAUUUACGCAGUGCUCGUAGUGUUUAGUCGUUUAUAGAGGCUUCUUAUUGAUGGUUUUUUCCUGGGUCACUCCAUUAGGAGUGUGCGAUUCACCUGCGGUCGAGCAGCGCGUCAUGGAUUACAGUAACCUGAUGGCGCCUCCGGUGCCGCCACACAAACCCAUGUCCCCCCGGCCUGCGCACUGCCAGGGGCGCCUGUUAAAGUGCGUGUUUCUCGGGGAUGGAGCUGUGGGGAAAACCAGCCUGAUUGUCAGCUACACAACCAAUGGAUAUCCAACAAAAUACGUCCCGACAGCGUUUGACGAUUUCUCAGCGGUCGUACAGGUGGAUGAACAACCAGUGAGACUGCAGCUUUGUGACACUGCAGGACAGGACGAAUUCGAUAAGUUGCGUCACUUCUGCUACACGCGGACUGACGUUCUCCUCCUGUGCUUCAGCGUCGUCAGCCCCACUUCCUUCCAGAACAUCGGUGAAAAAUGGGUGCCGGAGAUCCGACGCCGUUGUCCACUCACACCUGUGUUACUGGUGGGCACCCAGUGCGACCUACGGCAAGACGUCAAAGUCCUCAUCGAACUGGCACGGCGCAGAGAGCGACCCGUCCUGGAAGAGGACGCCCGCGCCCUGGCAGACAAAAUAGGAGCGGUAGCCUACAUAGAAUGCUCUUCUCUCACACAGAAAAACCUUAAGGAGGUGUUUGACGCUGCCAUCUCCGUCGGGCUCCGACACUCCGACCGAAGAGCCAGACGAGAGCGGAAGGUACACAGUACUGCUGAUAAAAUGAAAAUGCUCUCAAAAUCGUGGUGGAAGAAAUAUAUCUGCAUACAAUAGCAAAGAUCAAAGCAAUCUUCUGAGGCAUGAACAAUGUGAUAGACUCUUGUUUACUGUCACGCUCCUCAAGUGGAUGAUGGUCAGUUGAUAACGAAUCAACAAAGGACAGUAUUGUUAUUUUAAGGACAAUGUGAAUGGUUGCAAAAUGUGCAGCUAGCUUCCCAGUAACCAAAGUUUACUGUAUGCAGGGUCAUCGAUAAAAGUCACGAGGCCCGGGAUGAAGAUCUUCUACAUUUGGGCCAUUGAGUAGAUUCAGGGGCCGUUUACACGACAACGUUUUCAGCCAAAAACUUGAAACUUUUUAUGCGU